GUAAUCUUUAUUGGGGGCAGGAGAAGGCUCAAAGAUAAACACUUUCGGACAGGACGACAUCCAGAAGCAAACUACCUCCAGUAUUCGAGGUCCAUCCUGCCAUUUCGUCCCCACCACUCUUUUCCCCACACACCCAGAACCACCUGAGGACGCCGACCGCCGUCCCCUCACCCGCUUGCCACGCUGGCUACCGCCAUGACUUCCACCACAGACUUUGACAAUGCGGAGAUCACGCAGCAGUACAGCCACAUCAACACCCGCUUCGACCUCACUGACGAGGAACUAGACAAUGACAACAGCUCAGCCCGGCUGUUUGAGCGCUCGCGCAUCAAGGCCCUCGCAGAUGAGCGUGAGGCGGUUCAGAAGAAGACCUUCACUAAGUGGGUCAACUCAAUCCUGUCCCGGGUCGGCUGUCGCAUCUCUGACCUCUACCUGGACCUGCGGGACGGACGCAUGCUCAUUAAACUGCUGGAGGUGCUGUCCGGAGAACGACUGCCAAAACCCACUAAGGGCCGAAUGCGUAUCCACUGUUUGGAGAAUGUGGACAAGGCCUUGCAGUUCCUCAAAGAGCAGAGGGUCCACCUGGAGAACAUGGGUUCCCAUGACAUCGUCGACGGCAACCAUCGCCUCAUCCUUGGCCUCAUCUGGACCAUCAUCCUUCGCUUCCAGAUCCAGGACAUUAUUGUGGAAACGGGCCAGGCGGACCAGAAGGAGACGCGCUCAGCCAAGGACGCUCUUCUUCUGUGGUGUCAGAUGAAAACUGCAGGGUAUCCCAAUGUCAACAUCACAAACUUCACCACCAGCUGGAAAGACGGCAUGGCCUUCAACGCUCUCAUACACAAACACCGGCCAGAUCUGCUGGAGUAUAACAAUCUGAAGAAGUCCAACCCGACCCACAACCUCCAGAACGCCUUCAACGUAGCGGAGCAAAAGCUUGGCGUGACCAAGCUGUUAGACCCAGAAGAUGUGUUCACAGAGAACCCAGAUGAGAAGUCCAUCAUCACAUACGUCGUGGCAUUUUACCACUACUUCUCGAAGAUGAAGCAGCUCGCUGUCGAGGGCAAGAGAGUUGGAAAGGUUCUUGAUCACGCCAUCGAGACAGAGAAGAUGAUUGAUAAGUAUGAGACAUUGGCGUCAGACCUGCUGACGUGGAUCGAGCAGACCAUCAUUGUCCUGAACAACCGGAAACUUGCCAAUUCUCUGACAGGAGUUCAGCAGCAGCUUCAGGCCUUCAACACCUACCGCACUGUAGAGAAGCCGCCCAAGUUUCAGGAGAAGGGAAACCUUGAGGUGCUGCUGUUCACCAUCCAGAGUCGUAUGAGGGCCAACAACCAGAGGGUUUACACACCUAAAGAGGGAGCCUUGGUCGCGGAUAUCAACAGGGCCUGGGAGCGUCUGGAGAGGGCGGAGCACGAGCGGGAGCGCGUCCUGAGGGAUGAGCUGAUCAGACAGGAGAAGCUGGAACAGAUGGCGAGAAGAUUCGACAGGAAGGCUGCCAUGAGGGAGACCUGGCUCCUAGAGAACCAGAGACUAGUGGCUCAGGAUAACUUUGGUUACGACCUGCCAGCAGUGGAGGCAGCGAAGAAAAAACACGAUGCCAUUGAGACAGACAUUGCUGCGUACGAGGAACGUGUUCAGGCCUUGGUGGACAUCUCAAAGGAGCUGGAGUCUGAGCGAUACCAUGAUGCCAAACGGAUUGACGUGCGGAAAGACAACAUCAUGCGCAUGUGGGACUACUUGCAGGAGCUGCUGAAUGCUCGUAGGGGGCGUCUAGAUAAGAACUUGACCCUGCAGAGGAUCUUCCAGGAGAUGCUCUACAUCAUCAGCUGGAUGGAUGACAUGAAGGCUCGACUUCUAUCUCCUGACUUUGGGAAACAUUUGCUGGAAGUGGAAGACUUGUUACAGAAACAUGCUCUGUUAGAGAACGACAUCGCUCUACAAGCAGAGAGAGUACAGAGCGCCAGUGCUGCUGCUCUCAAAUUCGCCAAUGGAGAUAGCUAUAAGCCAUGUGAUCCCCAGGUGAUCCGAGACAGGGUGCAGCACCUGAACUUGUGCUACCAGGAGCUUUGUGCUCUGGCAGCCCAGCGAAGGGCUCGCUUGGAGCAGUCCCGCCUCUUCUGGAACUUCCUGUGGGAGGUGGCAGAGCUGGAGAGCUGGAUUAGAGAGAAGGAGCACAUCUUCUCCUCCCUGGAUUAUGGGAAGGACCUGACAAGCGUGCUGGUGCUCCAGAGCAAACACAGCGCCUUCGAGGAUGAGCUCGGAGCCCGCCGCGCCAACCUUGAACAGGUCUUGGCUGAAGGACAAAAGAUGAUCCAGGCAGAACACUUUGGCUCCCCGAAAGUCCAAGAAUGCAUGGACGACAUCAGGAGGCAAUGGCAGCAACUGGAGGAGCUGGCUAUGUUUCGAAAACAGAACCUUCAAGACACACAGAGGUUCUUUCAGUUUCAGGGAGAUGCUGAUGAUUUCAAGGCCUGGCUGCUGGAUGCCAAGAGGCAGAUGAGCACUGAUGACGUGGGUCACGACGAGUACACCACCCAGCGGCUACUGAAAAAGCACAACAGCCUUAAGAAUGAAACAAUCAAGAACGGAGCAACCAUAGAUGCGCUAUCCAAACAGGCCAAUGCACUGCCAGAGGAGCUGCAAAACACCCCUGAUAUCCAGAGACGUCUGAAAGACAUCAAGGACCUGUACAUGGAGCUCAUGUCUCUGGCUGACCUGAGACAGAAGCAGCUGGAUGACACGAUGGCCUUGUACACCAUCUUCAGUGAGACAGACGCUUGUGAGCUCUGGAUGGGCCAGAAGGAGACGUGGCUUGUGGGUUUAGAGGUGCCUGAGAAGCUGGAGGAUCUGGAAGUAGUACAAAAUAGGUUGAGCAUUCUAGCUCAAGAAAUGGGCAAUGUUCAGACGAGAGUUGAUGAUGUCAACAAAGCCGUGAAACAGCUUGAGGACAGCAGACACCCUCGCACCAAAGAGGUUAAAGAAUGUCAGACGCGACUGAAUAAGAGGUGGGAGGCCUUCAAGGCCAUGGUGGAAGAAAAGAAGAGGAAAGUGGAUUCUGCUGUUAGUCUGAACAACUACGGGCUGGAGUGUGACGAGACAGAUGCCUGGAUCAGAGAUAAGACACGGGUGAUCGAGUCCACGCAGGACUUGGGCAAUGACCUGGCAGCUGUUAUGACCAUCCAGAGGAAGCUGUUUGGCAUGGAGAGAGAUCUGGCUGCCAUCGACACCAAGCUUACCUUCCUGAGGAAAGAGGCCGAUCAGCUGGCUUUGGACCACCCUGAGAGUGCAGAUGAAAUCUUGGCCCGCAGAAGGGAGCUGGACGAGGCCUGGGACACGCUAAGAAAGACCCUGAAAGACAGAGAGGACUCUUUGGGUGAGGUCAGCAAGUUACAGACCUUCCUCCAAGACAUGGAUGACUUCCAGUCCUGGCUUUUCAAGACCCAGAAGGCUGUGGCGUCAGAAGAAGUGCCCAGCACGCUGCCGGAGGCCGAGGAGCAGCUCAGCCUUCAUGACGCUGUGCGUGAAGACAUAAGCAACCACGAGGAGGACUACCACCGCGUGAGGGACACCGGUGCCCAGGUCACCCAGGGCCAGGAGGAUGAUCCUCAGUACCAGCAGCUGGAGCAGAGGCUGAAGGGGCUGGACCGUGGUUGGUAUGAACUGCAGAAGAUGUGGGACAGCCGCAAAACCUUCCUGGACCAGGGUCUGGGCUUCCAGCAGUUCAUGAGGGAUGGCAAGGCUGUAGAUGCCAUCCUGAACAACCAGGAGUACACGUUGGCUCACAUAGACAAGCCCGACACCCUGGCUGGGGCAGAGAAAGCUUUGAAGAAGCAUGAGGACUUUGUGAGCACCAUGGAAGCCAACGAGGACAAGAUUGACGGCGCUCUGCAGGGUGGACAGCGGCUGGUGGACAGUAACAACCUGUACUCUGGGAAAGUUCAGGACAAAAUGGACUCAAUCCGAGACAGGCACAACAAGAAUAAAAGAAGAGCCCAGGAGGUGUCAGAAAAGCUCAGAGACAACCGAGACCUGCAGCACUUCCUGCAAAACACUCAGGAUCUGACUCUGUGGAUCAACGAGAAGAUGCUGACGGCUCAGGACACGUCGUACGACGAGGCCAGGAACCUCCACAGCAAAUGGCUGAAACAUCAGGCCUUCAUGGCUGAGCUGGGCUCCAACAAGGACUGGCUCAACAAAGUAGAUCAGGAGGGUCAGGAGCUCAUGGAGUCCAAGCCUGAGUUUGAGCCCAUCGUGAAGGAGCGUCUGGCCAAACUCCACGAGCUGUGGGACAAGCUGGAGUCCACAACCCAGGAGAAAGCCCGGCUGCUGUUUGACGCCAACCGCUCCGAGCUUUUCGACCAGAGCCUGACUGAUAUGAGAAAGUGGCUCGGUGAGCUGCAGCAACAGCUACAGAGCGGAGACGAGGACGUCAAAGACCUGACUAUAGCCAACAUCCUGCUCAAGAAGCAUCAGAUGACGGAGAACCAGGUGCGUGACCGGGCGCGGGAGCUGGAAGAGCUCCAGGAGGCCGUCAAGCAGCACGGCGGAGGUAGGGAGGACCAGCCGGAGCUAGAGGCCGAGCAGCAGGCCCUGCAGGUGGACUUCCAGCAGCUCCUCACACCGCUGGCCCAGCGCAAGGGCAAGCUGGAGGCCGCCAAGGCUGUCCAUCAGUUCUACAGAGACCUGGCCGACGAGCUUCUCUGGAUUGAGGAGCGGAUGCCCCUGGCAAUGUCACAAGAACAUGGCCACAAUCUUCAAACAGUGCAAAUGCUUCUGAAGAAGAACCAGACGUUGCAGAGGGAGAUCGAGGGCCACCAGCCUCGCAUCGAUGAAGUGCUAGAACGGGGGAGGAGAAUGGCGGCUGCCGCCAGCGCAGAGGGCAGACCAGAGGCCGAGCGAAUCACGGACCAGAUGAAGGAGCUGGAGGAGGCGUGGGCUCGGCUGCAGGACGAGAUGGUCAAGCGCAGGGAGAGGCUGAACGGCUCCAACUUGGCCCAGCAGUACUACAAUGACGCGGAUGAGGCCGAAGCCUGGAUAGGGGAGCAGGAGCUUUACAUGAUCGCUGAUGAAAAGGCUAAGGAUGAGCAGAGUGCCAUGCUGAUGCUGAAGCGCCACAUGAUCCUUAAGCAAGAUGUGGACGACUAUGCCGACUCCAUUCAGAGGCUGGCUGACCGUGCCCAAAAAAUGUUUGCAGAGGACCAUCCUGAUGGCGAGGAGAUAAUCAGGCGACAGGGCCAGGUGGAUAAGCAGUACGCGGGGCUGAAGGACCUGGCGGAGGACCGCAGGAAGAAGCUGGACCACACCUACCACCACUUCUUGCUGAGUCGAGAGGUGGAGGACCUAGAACACUGGAUCGCAGAGAGAGACGUGGUGGCCUCCUCUCAGGAGAUGGGCCAGGACCUGGACCACGUCACGCUUCUAAGGGAUAAGUUCCGAGAGUUUGCACGGGAGACGGGGAUGGUGGGUCAGGAGCGAGUGGACAUGGUCAACCAGACAAUAGACGAGCUGAUCGAAGCCGGUCACACCGAGGCAGCCACCAUGGCAGAGUGGAAGGACGGCAUUAAUGAGAGCUGGGCUGAUCUGCUGGAGCUAAUUGACACUCGCGCUCAGCUCCUCACUACAUCUUACGAACUGCUCAAGUACUUUGACGAUGGGAAGGAACUCGUGACUCAGAUCACAGACAAGCAGAAAGAGCUGCCUGAUGAUGUGGGAGAGGACUUCAGCAAAGCCGAGUCCUUCCACAGAAUGCACGCCGCCUUUGAGAGAGACAUCACCGCUUUAGGCAAACAGGUUCAACAGUUCCAGGAGACGGCUUCGCGGCUUCAUGCCCAGUAUGCAGGGGGCAGAGCGGACAGCAUUCAGGCCACAGAGCGAGAGGUGGUGGAAGCCUGGAAGGGCCUGCUGGCUGCCUGCGACGGCCGCAGGGCACGACUGGUGGACACAGCUGAGAAGUUCCGCUUCUUCACCAUGGUGCGAGAUCUCUUGGCCUGGAUGGAGAGCAUCAUCCAGCAGAUAGACACUCAGGAGAAACCCAGGGAUGUCUCAUCCGUGGAGCUCCUGCAGAAGUACCACCAAGGGAUCCGCUCUGAGAUUGAGACCAGGGGAGCAAAAUUCACUGACUGCAUAGACCUUGGCAAGGCCCUGCUGACACGCAAGCACCGAGACUCUGCUGAGAUCAAGGAGAAGCUGGUGCAGCUGACGGAGAAAAGGAAGGAGAUGAUGUUCAAGUGGAACGAUAGAUGGGACUGGCUCAGACUCUUGCUCGAGGUCUGUCAGUUUGCGCGGGAUGCCUCCGUGGCGGAGGCUUGGCUUAUCGCUCAGGAGCCCUACGUGACCAGUAAAGACCUGGGCUACACUGUGGACGAGGUCGAGAAACUCCUCAAGAGGCACGAGGCCUUCGAGAAAUCCACCGCUACUUGGGAAGAGCGCUUCUCUGCACUGGAGCGCCUCACUACACUGGAGUUGUUGGAGCUGAGGAAGCAGCAGCAGGAGAUGGAGGAGUUCAUUAAAGAAGAGCAACGUUCAGAUAAGGACAGCAGGAGAGAAGACACCGGCUUUGUAGAAGAAUCUUCGCAGCUUUACACCAUUGAGGAACAGACUCUGUCUGGUUCUGGCGCAGUCGAGCCCAGUUCGGGUCUGCUGGAGGGGACAGCCGGUGACUCUACAGUGCCCAUAGAGUCAGAAAUGAGAGAGAGUGGUUCUCUGGAGCUGGAGCCCUCUGUCUCAGUUGUGAUGCCGAAAGAACCAGAGAGGGCUGCCACGAUGCCCUUGGAGCCCCUCAGAGCCCAGACAGUGCUGCAGGAGGGCAUGCUGGGCCGCAAACACGAUGUGGAGGGCUCAGGAAAGAAAGCUUCAAAUAGGUCAUGGAACAACUUGUAUUGUGUGCUGAAGCCCGGUCAGCUCUCAGCCUAUAAGGACGCCAAGAGUUUUGGCCACGGGGUGACGUACCACGGCGAGGUCCCCCUGUCCCUCAGUAACGCCAGCUGGGAGAUCCUUACCAACUACAAGAAAAAGAAGCACGUCUCCACACUACGUCUUGGAGACGGCAGUGAAUAUUUGUUCCAAUGUAAAGACGAGGAGGAGCUCCAACGUUGGACCCAAGCCAUGGAGAAGGCCGUUCAGCCCCUGGCAGCGGAGGAGGCGUCGGGGCCCUCAGGGGCCAAAGCCCACAGCCUGCCCGCUCCCUCCUCCUCAACUGCCCUCCCUGAGCCCAGCUCUGCCAAGAAAGACAAGGAGAAGAAGUUCAGUCGCUUUGCCAAGAAGAAGUGA